AUGAAUCAACGACAAAGGCUACAAAGACAACAACGAGGCUCUUACGUGAAAAAGGCAUGCACAAGUUGUCAACAAAGACAUGUAAAAUGUUCAGGAAAAGCUACUUGCGAACGUUGUACAUUAUAUAAUAUUGAGUGUACGUUUAUUGAAUCGGGUAAAAAACGUGGGCCAAAAACGGACAGUAGACUCUUAGAACAGGACAUUCGUAACGAUUCUGAAAGUAGCUUUAAUGAAACAUCUAAUGCCAUGCAGAGUGAUACAUCACCUCUACUAUUUCUACAUGGACAUCAAUUUAACGCUCAGCUACUAGAAAAUAAUAUUUUUGAUCCUAACUUUUAUCAAAACACUCACACCUCUCAAGAAAUCAAUCACUUUCAUGAUCAAGAAUUUUAUGCUUAUAUGAAACGA